GUCUGUAUCAGCCCCAUAAGCUUUUCGAGGCAUCGCAUCAAAUUUGUUUCCCUGGGAAAAUAUUCGGAAGCCUUCCUGAUUUUUGAGCAUAGAACCGAGAGAAUAUGCCUGUCAUAUCUUCUCGAUAAGUGAACCCAAAAUAGAAGAAGACAAUGCAAUGGUGGGAACUGAACCAACCGCAGAAGAGGACAUUCUGAUUAUCCAUCUUUAUUGUCAUCCAUAGCUCUCUCACUUUCCCUCUCUGUGUAUUUGGUCUUUUCUCCUCUGGUUCCUCCUCGUGUCUGCCAUCAUCUGUUUGUAGGUUCCGCUUGUUCCUCAGUAAGUUUGUACGCAGAUUUCGUUUUUGUAUUCUUUCUGGGAGCCUCGUUCGGGCAUUGAAGGUGGUUGCAGUUAGGAAGAUGGAUAUAUUAAGUGGCCCUGCUCGUGUUAUGUUAGUUUCUGAUCUUGAUCAUACGAUGGUUGAUCAUCAUGACCCAGACAAUUUAUCAUUGCUUAGAUUUAAUGCCUUAUGGGAAGCACAUUACAGGCAUAACUCAAUGUUGGUUUUCUCUACCGGAAGAUCACCUACACUUUACAAGAAAUUGAGGAAGGAAAAGCCAAUGCUUUCUCCUGAUAUAACUAUCACGUCUGUGGGGACUGAAAUAACGUAUGGUCAAGCUAUGCUGUCAGAUGAUGGUUGGGAACAUGUUCUGAACAAAAAGUGGGAUAGAAAGAUAGUUACUGAGGAAGCAUCUGCACUUUCAUAUCUCAAGUUCCAGUCGCCAACUGAGCAACGACCUCACAAAGUCAGUUUCUACGUGGAAAAGGAGCAUGCCCAGGAAGCAAUUACCACACUUUCAGACAAGCUAAAGGAUCGCGGGUUAGAUGUGAAAAUCAUUUACAGUGGUGGCAUUGAUCUGGACAUCUUACCCCAAGGUGCUGGAAAAGGGCAAGCUUUGGCAUAUUUGCUCAAAAAAUUCAAUUCUGAAGGCAAGCCUCCUGCAAGUACUCUUGUAUGUGGUGAUUCUGGAAAUGAUGCAGAUUUAUUCAGUGUACCCGAUGUUUAUGGUGUGAUGGUUAGUAAUGCUCAAGAAGAACUUCUCCUGUGGCAUGCAGAAAAUGCCAAGAACAACCCUAAAGUAAUUCAUGCUACUGAGAGAUGUGCAUCAGGAAUUAUUCAAGCUCUUGGUCAUUUUAAGUUAGGACCCGCUAUCUCUCCAAGAGAUAUAUCUGACUACUCUCAGUGCAAGACCGAAAGUUUCACUCCUGGGCAUGCAGUGGUAAAGUUUUAUUGCUUGUAUGAAAGAUGGUGCCGUGCUGACACUGAAAAUCAAGAGAUGCUUCUGCAGGAGAUAAAAAGUACCUUGUCCCCUGAUGGAGCCAUUGUCCACCCAUGGGGUGCUGAACAAUUUUUUUGUAAAGCAUUGGAGGCAUUGGGGAAGUCCUACGGUUACAAGCAGGAAAAGCAGUUUCGAGUGUGGAUUGAUAGGGUUUCAACUGCACAAAUUCACUCUGAUACAUGGCUUGUGAAGUUUCAUAAGUGGGAGUUGUCCGGGGAAGAGCAACGAGGUUGUAUUGCAUCUGCUGUACUGCAAUCUAAGGGUGGGGCAUCAGACUCAUUCAUGUGGCUUCAUCUGCAUCAGACAUGGUUGGAUGGGAUCGAAAACACUGAUGGGAGUGGUUGGAUAUUCUAGAAGGUGAGGGAGCACCUUAUCCUGCACCAUCUUGUGUGAUAGAAAAUUACUCAUAUUAGCCCAAUAGGCGGCCAUCUUCUUUUCUUAAUGCAAUGUUAGCUGGUGUUCAGUUUAAUAAUGGUUCAUUCCCUCAUACCGUGCUUCAAAUGUCAAUACUUUAUGCUAACAAUGGCCGCCCAUACAAAUAAGUUGGUCAUGUAACAAGUAUUAGUCCCCUUUUUAAUGCUGGGAAUGGAAUUUCUGCACCAUGUUAACCAUACUUUGUGCCAAGAUCAAUAUCGUGUUUUGCUUUUUUGGUGCAUC